AUGCAGAGAGAACGUAUCAAGAUUGAGGAGAAAGACAUGGACUUUGUGUUCGAAGUGGUUAGUGUCCAGUUUAACCAACUGGGUCAGUACCAGCUCAGACUGACUGUGGAGAACCCUCUUCUGGUAGGCUCUGGUACUGAGGUCCAACUGAGGCUUCAAGACGGAGAGACCAUCCAGACCAGCUCUAGCUGUACAGAUACCAUUGAGCAAACAAGUUUGGAUGAAGUCUACACUUUUAUGUGCAAUAAGUUUGUCUUCACCUUACCCAAAGGUUUUUGCAAGAACGACAAAAACCAUGAUGUGCGUCUAAAAGUGGAAGCCCUGCGUCUAAUGGACUCAGAGGUGAAGGCAGGCGAAGGAUUCUUCGCCAUCUAUCCUCGCACCAACGCUCCUCGAAUCAACCUUUAUGCAGGGCCCAAAGAGGAGCUGUAUCGUUAUUAUGGCAUUAUGGCUUUACUCCGGGUACAGGAUGACUAUCUGGCCAUGCACUGUGGCCGGCUGGUCUACUCCGUGGCCUUCCAUGAGGCCAGACCUUUUGUCCCUUUGCAUUCAGCUCAAGGAGAUGGUGGUCCUGGUGUACCCCCUUCACCAGGGUCUACAGCUCCUCAGGUGCCUUGCCUCAUCCUGGGAUCAUCUGAAACCCAGGACGCUGUGACCGCACCGCAAGGUCUAUCAGCACUUCAAGGACCUGAGUGUAUGGUCAGCCCCUUGCCAGAACCCCAGCUGCCAGAGAACACACUAUUGCUCAUCACAGCAACCAAUUUUAAUUAUAUUGAACCUGAAGCAGAUUGUAGUCACUACAAGAAAAAUGCUGUUCAGAUAAGGAUGAGUGGAGAGGAUGAGACUCGUGGGUGGAAGAGUCAGGGCGUGACCCACUGCCCUCCACUGCCCACUCAUUGCCCCUCCUGGGAGGAGAGUGUCUCUUUGGGGCUUCAAGAUCAGCAAGCGCUUACGGAGGUGGUGAUUCUUAGUGUGGCUGACAGUAGGACCAAGGAACUGCUGGCUUACUUUCGCCUUCCUGUCACACACCUGCAGCCUUUCCGGCACUACCACCUGGAGCUGGUGCAGGCUCAUAGGAUGUCUCCCACAGGGGUGCGGCUCUACGUUACCAUGGUACGCAAGCUCAGCCUUCUCCCCGGGCUGCCAUGUUUCUCCUUCACGGGGUUGGAGGUGCUCCUUAAGGCCAUGCGAGGCCCCCUGAAGGAGCCAGUGGGGCCCCUGGUUGCCGUGGCGCGUGUCGUUCCUGACUAUGAUUCGUACAGGGCGCAGUGCCAAGGAGCAGAGCUGGGCCUGGUUCCUCCGAGGGUGACUGCCAUCUGCCAGCUCUGCCCGCUGCCCCAGAGAUCCAGCCAGGUGCUGGGCAUGCUCACACCUCAGUCUGUCCCCCGGGGGGCAACGCAUUCUGGGCCAACUGUUGAUCCACAAAUCUACAGAGCACCAGUGGAGCAAGGGAUGACUUUCUUUAAUUUAGACAUGAAAAAGAGACAAGCGCAGAUGCCCGCCGAUACUCGGCUCGAUGACUGCGAUCCCGUCUCUAGGGUGGGGUUGCCCCCGGAGCAGCCCGUGUGGAAUCACUGUUUCCUCUUCCUGGGUCGAGACUGUGCCACCAUUUUCACAGGAAGAGCUGCUCUGGUGCUGGAGUACUACCCCAUCGGCACCGCUGUGAGCUCGUUUGCCUGGUACCUGCGGAGCCCCGUGGCGUUCUCAGGGCUGUGUCUGGAUCAGCUGCUCUACAGGAAGCUGUUAUCAGAGGAAGGCCUGAGGGUGGACAGACUGCCACUGCAGGGCAGCAGUCUCCAGACCAGCUCAGACACAGCCCCGUCCGUCAGCAUCCUCCUUCGUCUCAUUGGCUCGGAGCUGGACAUCACCCUGUUGCCCUGUUUGGAUACUGACCUCCAGGAGGAGGAGCAAGACUCCCUCCUCACGCAGGAGCUUUCUCCAUAUCCUGAGACAGACAUGGAGCAGACAGUUUUCCCAGCUCCCAGCAGCCUGCUCCUGUCAGACCUCCACAUCCCACAACAGCUGAAUCUCCAGAGAGAUGACGACUAUCAUCUUCUGUCCCAUGAUGCUUUGGCAAAGAUCCUUCCAGAAUACAAGCACCUUUUCAAAACACCCGACACUCAAAAUCUGAAUGAAAAGGAUGGAGGAGCCCAGAGUAAAAACCAGGAAGCCUCCUCUCAACUGAACAAAACCUUUGAAGUCCCCUCCUCAUCUAAAAGACCACAGAUUCCUGAUUCUGACGAGCCUGUGGGUGUCACUGAACGUCAAACAAAAGAGCUGGAGAAUUAUCGUACUGCUAUGUGUAAGAUGGCAGAGGAUAUCAUUGCUCUGCGCACACAGGUGUCCAGUCUGGAGUCAGAGAACAGUCAUCUGCGCAGUGACCUCAGCCUGCAGCACGACCUUGGCCGCAGCCUGCUGGAUGAAACGGACCUCGACGUCAUGACCAAAACUGAGAUCGCAGACACAAUUAAGUCUUUGAAGCUGAAGCUGGCCACUGAGAGCAGUAAGGCAGCAAGCCAAAGGGACAAGAUCCAGCAGCUUCAGAACCAGCUCAUCAGGAAGAAUGACAGUGAGAAAGAGCUGCUGAGGUUGAGGGGGGUCCACCAGCAGCAGCAGACUGUACUACUGCAGUACCAGAGUCGCAUGGCCAAGAUGGCCAGUCUGGAGACCACCAUACGGCAGCAGGAGAAGGUCAUCGAGAGGAUGGAGCGCAUAUUGGACACAAAGCUUAGAGAGAUAAAUAAAGAGAACUCGGAGAAGAAGAAGAAGAUGACUGGACCACAGAAAGGUGAGGAUGACAGCAAAAUUAGAGAGAUGGAGUCUGCACUGGUGGCAGAAAACUCUCGUCUCAGAGAGGAGGUGGAGCGCCUACGUGCUCAGCCUCCACCUGUCAUUAUUCAGCAACCCGCUCAGCAGGCCCUGCAGCCUUUCUCAGACAGAGAGAAACUGAGCCUGUUGUGUCAGUUGGAGAAGGCGGAAGUUCGGAUUCGCACGCUAGAAAGUCAGCUGGAGAAGAAUUCCAUGCAGUGGGGGAAAGAAAGACAGGAGUUGCUGUGCAGACUGAGUGAACAUGAAUACGGUUUUGUUCGCACGUCCGCCAUUUUCCUACACGAUCCACCUGUGAAAAGUGUGUCUGAUUCCAUGCUUGGCCGUUUUCGACACAGGCAACUCAAACCUCUUAAAUGA